AAUCUAAAGACAAGAUUAUUCUUCAUCAAUUGAGUUGCUUCCGAUAAUUAUAUUUAUAUUAUAAACUAUCUUAAGACACUGUUUGUGGCUCUAAACUAAAAAAAAAAAUGCUUCCAGGAGUUGAAUGUGCUCGAAAGAGAAGGUUGCAUCAGAGCAGAGGAAGUUGUGAUUCCACAACAACACCCUCACUUGGUUUAUAUACAAGAAACCUCCAACCCAAAGCCUCUUCACCCUCUUUAAUGGAAAGAAGCGUGUUAAAGGUGAAAUCAUUCUCAGAUGAGGAACUGGGAGGAUCAGCAAGAGAAGCCAAACGGAGAUUAGAUGAGAAGUUCACAGCAAGUAAGCCAGAAAAGAACAAGUCUUAUUUGUGGUUUAUUGCACAACUAAAACCUUAGUGAACCCAAAUAGGGGAAUCCUUCAUACAUAAAUUGCUCUUUUCUCUCUCUUUCUUAUAUUGAAAGAAAUGUUAUGUAAUUUUUUUUUUCCUAUACAUAUGUAAUGUUUUAUAAGUGAGUAAUAUCUCAUUUAUAAAAAUAACUUGAUCAAAUUGACUAAUGAGUCUAUUUAUUUAUACAUACAAGCAAGAAAUUCGUCCUCUUGUAGGAUCAAGCCGUUGUUA